AUGCCUUUUGGUCAGUUGCCCGUGCUCGAAGUCGACGGAAAGCAGCUAUGUCAGUCGCAGGCCAUCGCCAGGUAUCUUGCCAGGGAAUUCGCAACUUCAUUUAGGUUAUGCUGGCAAAACCGCUUGGGAUCAGGCACAAGUGGACGCCAUUGGCCGAUCCAGGUCAACGACUUCUUCCUAGAGAUUCGUCCAUACUUCAGAGUAUUGACGGGCCAAGAAAAAGGCGACGUGGAGACCGUAGGAAAAGAUAUGCUUGUGCCGGCUUUCCAUAAAUUCUACGCUUUCAUGUCGAAAAUACUAAAUAAUAACAAAACUGGAUACCUUGUCGGGGAUUCGCUGACGUGGGUUGAUCUGCUAUUGGCUGAAACAGCCACCAUUGCUCAGAAAUUCCCGCAGGUCUACGACGGAUUCCCUGAGGUACUCUUUCACUUUCUUGGAGAUGUUGCCCAUAUGAUAGCGAUGUAUUUUCUAAAUGUGGUUGUUAAUUAA